CCUCCGGGGUCCCAACUGUUGGAAGCUAGAAGCAGGUGCCAUGGAGUACACCGGGAGCAAAUAUAUCGGAGAAUAUGUAGACGGGAGGAUGGAGGGCAAAGCUGAAUACAUCCUCCCUACUGAAACAAGAUAUGUUGGGGACAUGAAGGACGGCAUGUUUCAUGGCCAAGGAACCCUGUACUUCCCCAGCGGGAGCCGAUACGAUGCCAUCUGGGACAAGGGAUUGGUCGUAAAGGGUACAUACACCUUUGCUGACGGGCUGCAGUACGAGGGUGAGAACUGGCAUUACUGCGACAGCUACGAUCGGAGGUUUUAUACCGAGAUCUGCUAUGGCUUGAAGCCUGCAGGCAUCUCUCAACUCACCAAUAUGGACCCACCCAGAAAAAUCCCUGCUGGCUGUUAUGAUUGUGGAGAUGGGUUCUAUAACCCAGUCACGAGGGUAAUCAAGGACUACAGAUAUCGCUACCUGAGAAAUGCAGAUGACGACGAGCAUGAGUGGAUCAUCCGGACCUGCCGGAAGGGCUGGGAUGAGAUCGUGGGUCACAGACCCAAACUGUAAGUUCUGCAGCUGCCUUCACCAAGAUUUCCAUCUGCACUGCAGGCAUGGGCUGGUCUAGCAGGGCAGGAUAGUUCUAGAACCUGUCUUUUGACUUGGGAAUAAAGACUUUCUGUAGUCAGUAGGCCCUUAGAAGUAUGGUUCUCAGAGCGGGGACCCUCAUUUCACUUACAUCAUAAUCACCUGGUGAAAGCUGUGAACUACAGAGAUUCCGGGUACCCCCUAGAUGUGCUCAUCAGAAUCUCUGGGAAUGGGGCCUAGCAAUUUUCAUUCCCAAGUAUAUCUUAUGCAUAUAAAAGUUUGAGAACUAUUACCUUAUGAUAAUCAAUAUAUAUAAUUUAAUGAGCAACUAAUGUGCAGGCAGUAUGUGUGUCUUAUCGCUGCUUCUCAUGAUAGCCUUGCAAGAGAAGGCUUAGUUCAGAGAGAUUAAGUGACUUGCCCAAGAUCACAUAGCAUUUGAAUCAAGUCCCUCUGAGGACAAAGCUCAGCUGUUUUUUAACUUCACCAAGUUAG